AUUCACUUCUCUACUCAAAUCCAGCCCCAGCCCCAGCCUCCUACCUAGCUCUGCUUCCCUUGGGCCCAGGGCCAUCUUAGGCCCUGCUGUGAGUCCAGAUGGUCCCUGGGCCAGGUCUUUCCCCCUCCUUGCUGGCUCAGAGCCAGGAGGAAGCAGAAGAAGGCCGGCCUAAGCCUUUUGGUGGCCCCAUUCCUGCCAGCAGCCCCAUCUAGGUCAUCUUGCCAAUGCCAUUGUCCCUGGGCCACCUUGUCUGGGGUUGUUAAUGAGUAGCAGGGACUCACCCUGACAAAUGUUGGUCCUAGGUACUUAGCUCCUGAUUCAUUAAUUUCUGCCAUGAGCACUUUUUGAGCACCUACUCUGUAUCAGUCACUGUUCCAGGUCCUCAGGAUAUAGCUGUGACCUAAACAGACAUCCAUCUAUCCUGGCAGAGCUGAUCUUCUAGUUACGGUGGUGAGGAGACAGUAAAGAAUAAAGAAACCAAUAAGUAGAUGGUGUCAUUUCUGAGGAGAUGAUAAGUGCUGAGGGGACAAUUGACAAGGUGAGGGAGCUCAGGAUGGUUCAGAUUUUAAAUAGGGUUGUUCAUGGUUAUCUAUGAAAAAAAGUGAUAUUUGAGCAGUGGCUUAAAGGUGAGGGAGUGAGCUACUUUGAAAUCUAGUGGAAGAGUAUUCUAAGUACCGGGAACAGCCGCUGCAAAGGCCCUGAGGAGGGACUUAAGUUGCAGAACAGCAGUGAGCAGUGAGGUGAGGCCAGAAGGGUGGUAGUGUGAGUGGGGUAAGACCUUGUGGGCCACAUGAAGGACUGAGACGUUUAUUUGGGGUGAUAAGGGACACAUGGUACAUUCUCAGCUAGACAAAAAAUGUGACCUGGCUUGUAAAAAUCUCGGUGGGACCCUGUGGUCCAAACCUGAUUGAACCUUUCCAGCAACUCUCAGGAUAGCUGGUAUACUUUGAGAUCCCCCUACAACCCCACCCAGUGGUUGGGUCUGGGCAGGAAACCUCUCCCUCUCCCUGCACCCCGCAUCUGGGUAGCCCAGUGGGGUAGUCCACUAGUCACCUUGACAAUGGUUGCUGGGGGAGGAUGGUUGCUGGGGGAGGCGAGAGGGACCCUGUGGCCACGGGGAGCGUUUUGCCUUGGCAGUCGGGGGUGAUGUGGGGCUGGUGCAAGCGGAACAUGCCAUUGUAUGGACAUCCCUGGGGCCAUGUCAGUGGUCUCAGGGUCCUGAGAGAGUCCCCCAUCUCACCAAUGGCUGGGUCCAUCAGAGCCGCUGCACCUGAGAAUGCCUGCUGUAGAGCCCUCUGCUCCCACAGUGAGGCUGCCCCCAAAGGGGCCAACACUUCACCAGUUGUGCCCUUUCCCUCAGCCAGCCACCCAAGCCUUAAUACCCAGGUGGGGUCUUAGGAGCAUGGUCUGCUGGGGCUGGUUGGUGUAGGUGGCAGGCACUGACUGAGGUCUCCAUCCAUGCCAGGUUUCCAGGAAUCCUGUGUGAUUCCAGGGUUCCACAGUGGUUGGGUGGGCACUGCCGCAGGUUCCUGUCAGUGCGCCUCACUGGGUUUUGGGGGACCCAUGAGGGUCAGGCGACUGCUAGGGUGGGACCCAUUCCCAUCCCUACCCCCUGCUCAGGUCGCCAUGGAUCGGAUGAAGAAGAUCAAACGGCAGCUGUCAAUGACACUCCGAGGGGGCCGAGGUAUAGAUAAGACCAAUGGUGCCCCUGAACAGAUAGGCCUGGAUGAGAGUGGCGGGGGCGGCGGCAGUGACCUUGGAGAGGCCCCCACACGUGCUGCCCCUGGGGAACCUCGCUCUGUACGGGGCCCACUCAGCUCUGCACCAGAGAUUGUGCAUGAGGACUUGAAGAUGGGGUCUGAUGGGGAAAGUGACCAGGCUUCAGCCACGUCCUCCGAUGAGGUGCAGUCACCAGUGAGGGUGCGCAUGCGCAACCAUCCCCCACGCAAGAUCUCCACUGAGGACAUCAACAAGCGCCUAUCACUACCAGCCGACAUCCGGCUGCCUGAGGGCUACCUUGAGAAGCUGACCCUCAACAGCCCCAUCUUUGACAAGCCCCUCAGCCGCCGUCUCCGCCGUGUCAGCUUGUCUGAGAUCGGCUUUGGGAAACUGGAGACCUACAUCAAGCUGGACAAGCUGGGAGAGGGUACCUAUGCCACUGUCUACAAAGGCAAAAGCAAGCUCACAGACAACCUUGUGGCACUCAAGGAGAUCAGACUGGAACACGAAGAGGGGGCACCCUGCACCGCCAUCCGGGAAGUGUCCCUGCUCAAGGACCUCAAACACGCCAACAUCGUCACGCUACAUGACAUUAUUCACACGGAGAAGUCCCUCACCCUUGUCUUUGAGUACCUGGACAAGGACCUGAAGCAGUACCUGGAUGACUGUGGGAACAUCAUCAACAUGCACAACGUGAAACUGUUCCUGUUCCAGCUGCUCCGUGGCCUGGCCUACUGCCACCGGCAGAAGGUGCUACACCGAGACCUCAAGCCACAGAACCUACUCAUCAAUGAGCGAGGAGAGCUCAAGCUGGCUGACUUCGGCCUGGCACGGGCCAAGUCAAUUCCAACGAAGACCUACUCCAACGAGGUGGUAACACUGUGGUACCGGCCCCCUGACAUCCUGCUCGGGUCCACGGACUACUCCACUCAGAUUGACAUGUGGGGUGUGGGCUGCAUCUUCUAUGAGAUGGCCACAGGCCGGCCCCUCUUCCCAGGCUCCACAGUGGAGGAGCAGCUGCACUUCAUCUUCCGCAUCUUGGGAACCCCAAAUGAAGAUACAUGGCCAGGCAUCCUGUCCAAUGAAGAGUUCAGGACAUACAACUACCCCAAGUACCGAGCCGAGGCCCUUUUGAGCCAUGCACCCCGAGUUGACAGCGACGGGGCUGACCUCCUCACCAAGCUGCUGCAGUUUGAAGGUCGCAAUCGGAUCUCCGCAGAGGAUGCCAUGAAACAUCCAUUCUUCCUCAGUUUGGGGGAUCGGAUCCACAAACUUCCUGACACUACUUCCAUAUUUGCACUAAAGGAGAUCCAGCUACAAAAGGAGGCCAGCAUUCGAUCUUCGUCAAUGCCUGACUCAGUUGCUGGUGGACAGCGUGGCCGUGCCAGCCUCCCACACUGAGGCCAGGCCUAGACCCCUCCCCAUCAUACCCUCCCCCAGGACCACUACCCCAUGGCCAACCAGGGGUCUGGAGCUAGCCCAGGCUGGGGAUCUCGACUCAGACAAGACAUGGUGAUGCCUUGGGUCUGAGGCUCCCCUUCCUGCUUUCCUGCCUCAUGUUGUGUGGGCCUUGUUUGUUUGUUUCAUUCAUUGUUGUUUUUUUAAUUAUUUUAAAUGAGGUUUUCAUUUUUUAAAUGCAAUAUCUCUGUAUACAGACUGCUGGGCCCCACUCAGUGUGUGUGGCCCUCCCACAGUAUUUUGUGCAAUGAAGCCCUGCUCCCAGCCUUUUCAUGGCAGGGACAUAGCCCCUAUUCAAAACCCUAAUCAUCACCAGACCCUGGGGUCAGCUAAGGGAAAGCAUGCCUUGACAACUCGCCUUCCAACCCCCACCUGCCAUCCCCAGCCACAGGGGGACUUGGGGACUACUGGAGACUCUCUGGGAGAUGGAUGAGGUGGGGGGCCCCCACUCUUUCCCUCCUGCAGUCCCAUAGCUGGGGCUUCCUUCUCAGGGUCUCCCUAGCCCAGCCCUCCUGCCCCCAUCCCGCACGGUGCUGUUGAGUAGGGGCCCUGCCAGGAACUGACCAACUCAGCGAUGGAGCCAUAGUGUGUAUAUGCGCACAAGCAGGGACAGAGGGGCGCAUGGGAGGUUGUGCCCAGGCAUUACCCCCUAACCUUGGGGGAAAGUGAGACAGGGCAGGGACAGUCUCUGGGGUCAAUCCCCAGAUGGGUGGUUACCUUCCCUUCCUCCACUCUAAACCCUGGGGCCCUCAAAUGGGGUGGGAGGGCAGGGGCAGGGGCCCUCCUAGGGGAGUUGGGAGGGGUGGGUUCCUGAAUGCACCGUAAUCGCUGUAUGAAAUAUUAAAAAGUCUAAAGUGAAAAA